AUGGAAAAUAAUGAGCUUACUCAACAAGUCAAGGACAUCAAAGCUGCCUUGGCUCGCUCACGAGGAGAUCAAAUCCUUGAUUUUGAUGGACUCUGCCUUUUCCCAAAUGCCAAAUUGCCAGAUAAGUUCAAGAUGCCCGAUAUUGAGAAGUUCAAUGGCACCGGCAAUCCCACCAGCCAUGUCCGCCAUAUCAUCAACACCCUGAAACCUAUGGGCCUGAAUGAUGAACUCAUUGCCCAACUUUUUCAAAGGACUCUCACAGGUAGUGCUCUCGACUGGUUUCUCACUCUGGACUUCACCAAGUACAAGGGGUGGCAAGAAAUUGCCAAUGCUUUCAUCAAUCAAUAUGCCUACAAUGUCCAAAUUGUGGUAACCACUCGAGAUUUGGAGAUGCUCAAACAAAAGCCAAAUGAAAGCUUUGCCAAUUUUCUUACUAGGUGGAGAAAGAAGGCUGCACAGAUGAAAACUCUUCCCUCAGAAGAAGACCAAGUCAGAAUGGUGGUAAGAAAUUUACAGCCACAGCUCCUAAGGCACAUGUAUUCCCAAGCAAUUUCUACAUUUAAGUGCUUCUACACUACUGGAUUACAAGUUGAAGACGGCCUUAAUCAAGGAUUACUCGACAAUGGAGAAGUCAACCACAAGGUAGAGACAAGCACAAAUACCAACAAUGAUAGUGGUAUUAAUAUGGUGAGAUCUCAUCACAAGCGUAAGAGGGAAUUUGAUCCUCUUGGAAUGAAGUUAGAAGAUGUGUUCCACAUCUUAGAAGCAACAGGCGAUCUGAAACCAUUGCAACCAAAAUUUCCUAGUAAUCUUGCACAUAAGGGUGAGGAGUAUUGCAAGUAUCACCAAGUGACUGGUCAUUCCAUUGAACAAUGUGGGGCUCUCAAGAAUGCAGUCCAGGAUCUCAUCGAUCAAGGGAUAGUUGAGCCAACAAAGUUGGAUGAUUGA